AUGGUGAGGGUCCAAUAUCUAUUGAAACAGAGAAAGGCUGACAACCAGCCGAUACGUACGAGACAAGCGGACAAAUACAGCGAUGCAGAUCCGGAAUUCUUGGCUUUGACGAAUAGACAACGAGCUGCCAUCGAUCGUGCCUUCGACCGAGGCCUGGCGACUAUUUCUCAACGAAAUCAACGACAUGAGAAGCGACGCAGGAUCGAUCCCACUUUCUCCGAACAUGACGAAGAAGGGUACAUUGUUGAAACAUCCAAGCAAGACGUUAGAUCGGAUGAACAGGAGGAAGGAGGGUUCAUACCUGACGACGAAGGAGGUUUUUUAGAUGAAGCCGAGGGAGGGUUUCUCCCUGAAGAUGACGAGCGUAUGGGAUCUCCUUCCCCCGACCUCAUUCUUGAUACAGAUAACCCUUCCAUAUCCGAAAAUAAUCAAACAGCUAGAGUACCACUCCAUCUUCUUCCCACGUUAUUAACAUCUCUGGGUUUACCAUCCGAUUCCGAUGUCUUAUCAGUCUUCCGAUCCUCCGCCUCUGGUUGGGAUGCCGAAUUUGAUGCCGAUAGCAGACGUCGUAAACGGGGUGAAGAAGAGGCGGGAGUUGAAAGAAAAGAUUUCCGAGCAGUCUGUGCUGCUCUCAUGGGACCUGAUGAAAAUGAACAAGAUCUUGGAUCCGAAGAUGAAGAAGCCGCCGAUGCUUUUACUCUUCCCGAUGACUCAGAUUCCUCUCUGUCCCCAAUCUCCUCAGAAUCGUCCUAUGGUGGUCGGAGAACAUCUAAGGGUAAGCAGAAAGCGACGGAAGAGGAUAGACCCGCGAAAGGGAGGAGGAAGAAGUUGGAAAUGAAUGGCCCGGUCAAGCUAUCAACGCAACAGAAGGAAGCAGUGAGAGAUAUAUGGGAAAUGUUGAAACCACCUGGGGAACAGGGCAAGAGAGGACAUGCGGCGAACAUACUGGGUGAGGAAGAGGUAAAGAAAUGGGCUAGGGCGUUGGGUGAGAUGUGGUCGGAAGAUGAGUUGUCCGAGAUGGUGACGUUGUUUUCCACACAGCAUGAGCAAAGAGGACUCAGUUUCGACGAUUUCAGUGCUGUCAUGCUUCGUGCGGGUUUGGUGUGA